GAUAAGGUUUGGCUGCAAACCUCCCUGAGCGGAAAUCUGAGGAAGCCAGCAGGCGCAAAAGCUUAUAGCUCCAUCAAGUCUCCACGUCCUCCCUGUGGUCCCGGGAUACAAGAAGACACCGCACUGGAAAAUAUGCUGUUCUGCCAUUCCCAGCCUGAGUCCUACCACCAGCACUCUGCUAGUUACAUUAGAGAGGCAUUGGCACCUUUCUUGAAAAACGAAGAAGCGAGGCUUAUGGCUGAAAAUGGUGCCAAGAGGACCUCAUUCCAGUGCAUUCUGUGUGCAGCCACCUCGCCGGCUGUGAAACAGCAGGAGGAGAGUCUCACUUAUCUCAACCAAGGUCAGUCCUACGAAAUCCGUAUGCUUAACAGAAAACUAGGGGAGUAUACAGAUAUAAGCAGCAAAUAUGUAAAGAGCAUUGUGCGCGUGGUGUUUCAUGACCGUCGACUGCAGUAUAUGGAGCACCAGCAGCUGGAGGGAUGGAGGUGGAACAGACCUGGAGACCGAAUCCUGGAUGUAGAUAUCCCAUUGUCUGUGGGGGUACUGGAGCCCCGUUCACACCCUCUGCAUCUCAACACCAUUGAGUUCCUCUGGGACCCGAUCAAGAACUCUUCUGUUUUCAUCCAGGUCAACUGCGUCAGCACUGAGUUCACCCCCAGGAAGCACGGUGGGGAGAAAGGAGUGCCCUUUCGUAUCCAAGUGGACACUUUCACCACCAAUGAACACGGGGAAUACAUGGAGCAUGUCCAUUCUUCCAGCUGCCAGGUCAAAGUCUUCAAGCCUAAAGGAGCUGAUCGCAAACUGAAGACAGACAGGGAAAAGAUUGCUAAAAAGGCCCCUCAAGACAAAGAGAAGUAUCAACCGUCCCAUGAGAGCACCCUCCUAAAAGAGUGUUCCCCUUGGCCCGAUGCACUAAAUCUCACCAGCCACAGCAGCAGCAGCACUCCAUCACCAGUUUACCACAGCUCACCAACUUCCUGCAGUUUCACAGACGGCAACUGUUCUCCAAACCAGCAAGGGGAGCUUCUCAUGCCCGUCUGCUCUGAUCACCUUCUGCCGUCGGCCUCACCACAGGACACUCAGCAGUGGCUGCACCGUUACCGGUUCUCACCUUUCUCAAGGCUCUUCUACAGCUUCUCAGGUGCUGAUCUGUUGAGGAUGAGCAGGGAGGAUCUGAUCCAGAUCUGCGGUCCAGCAGAUGGUAUUCGCCUCUUUAACACUAUGAAAGGAAGGUGUAUACAGCCCCGUCUUACCAUCUAUGUGUGUCAGCAGCAGGCCAGACAUCAACCUCCCGUCAAGCCAGGGGGUGGAGACAUCUACCACGCUCUGUACCUGGAGGAGCUCACACUGUUGGACCUGUCUGAAAAGAUUGCCAUGCUGUACAGCAUCACUCCACAACAAAUAACACACAUCUACAGACAAAAACCCACCGGCAUCCACGUCUUAGUCUCUGACAAGAUGGUGCAGAACUUCAGGGAGGAGACGAGCUUCACCCUCAGCACUAUAAGAGACGGAAACACCGAUGGCUACCACGUUGUGUUGAAAUGACUGACAGGUACUCAGGAGGUUCAAAGUUUCCUCCUAGAAUCAGUGGAAUUGUACAGCUUGUAUAUAUAAAUCCUUCUAGACUACGAUAUGUAACAUUUACUAAGAUUUACAGUACCUUAAAAUGCUGUUCAGCUUUCAGUUUACUGUUGAUUUUGUGGCUUUGUUGAGUUUUCUUUUUAAUUUUCCUGUUUCAUUUGUAUUAAGUUACUGAUUAAUGCUUGGUAUGCCUUGUAAUUAGAGGUAAUCACUACUGUAUUACUCCUUCACAUGUGCGUACAUUUUUGCCUAAACACCUAUGAAUGCAAGUUGAUGACUUUCAUGAUAAUCAAGCAGAGUAAAUGUCCCGCCGACAAAUAGAAAAGAGGAAUGAACAAAACUGUAUUAUGUUGUUUUAAUGUAAUUCAAUGUCCCUGCUCUUUUUUCAUGCUUGUCCCAAAUAUGAAACGCUGUCAUGUAAUCUAUUGGCUGUUCCUGUUGCAUAUGCUAUACAACCUAUUUUCUUGACGAGGUGUAAUGUAAUAUUUGGUAAAAGGUUCUGUUUAAACAAAGGCCUAUCUUUAUCCCAGCCUCCUUGUAUAGGCCUUGCUUCAGUCGGCACUCAGCUCUCUCCUCUCUGCGAACAAGCACGUAAAGAUGUCUUUUAUUUAGACCUACUUGUCUCGAAAAGUCUGUCAUGCUUUUCCUGUUUGAAGACCUACGCAUUCAUUAAUUAAACAGCGACUGCACAACAGA